AUGUUACUCCAAAGAUUAUCUUCGGGUGUCAUUUUUUUGAACAAAAGGAAUAGGAAAAUUUUAUUUACUACACGAUCAACGCCAAUUCAUCUUAUUAACUCCUAUGCUCUGAAUGAAUUACUCUUAACUUUCCCUUCAAAUAACAUACCUAUUAAAUUUGCUCAAGCACCAUCGAUUUAUGCCUUUCACUCUUUGAACAAGAGAUAUUAUAGUAAAAACGAAGAAUCACUGCAAGUUAAAGACGAAAAAGACAUUAAAAAAGAAUAUUUAUUUACUGAAAAGAACCAAGAUAGUUCUAAAGAAUCUUCAUCCAAAGUAUAUGAUAAAAGAUUAUCACGGAGACACAGGCCGAGCAACAAAACUUCGGUGAUUGAAAAAAUUUUGGCAUCUUAUGAUAAUGAAGGGAUAAUAUUAGAGAAAAGAAAAGGAGUAAGUAACCGUAUUUUGAGGAAUGAGGGAUGUGAAGGAUAUGAAAAUUCAAGAUAUUAUGGUAAAUUGCAAUCGAUGAGACGAGAUUCAGUAUCAAGACAAAAAAAGUUGAAUGAUUACAAAAGUAAUAAAUCCUCAGAGUCGAAAAAUCUUGUGGAUAAACCAGUUCCUUUUUUGGGAGAUUCCAAGUUGGAAAAUCAACCACCAGGAAGGACAUUAAUCGAAAAGUUUCAUGAGGAAAGAGACUAUCCGAGGUCAAAAAGAAGGAGAUUUACACAAGGAUAUUUGUUUAGAGAAGGCAAAACAUUUAAACAAUUUUAUAAAGAAAAUUAUGAGAAUGUUAAUUGGAAGUUAUUGGAAGGAGACUUCUUCAGCUGGUUAAAGGGCUUGUGGCUUCAUCGAUUUUACAAACAAUUCGAAGGAAUACAUUGGAGAGAAAUUAUUGAAUUAAGUUAUGAGGAUUUAGAAAAAUUAGGCGUGAGACGACAUGCCCCUAGAAAAAUUUUGCUUCGAGCAUUUGACAACGUUAAAAGAGCUUUAAAGGAAAAUGAAAACAACGAAAAAGGGUAA